AUGGUCCGGUUGGCUCUCCCCCAACGGUUGAGCUCGCACCUUUCGGCGAAGAGCGCGCCGUCGACUCCCGGACGGAGCAGAAGCACCAGUCCGUUACGAUCACCGGAACUCAAACCUCUGCUGCUGAAGGUUUCAGUAAUUCGAGGACGUAACCUCGCAGCCAAAGAUCGAGGUGGCACGAGCGACCCAUAUUUGGUGAUUACAUUAGGAGAUGCGAGGCAGUCGACGCCGACCAUAUUCAAGACCCUGAACCCGGAAUGGAACGUCUCCUUCGACAUGCCCGUGAUGGGCGUGCCGCUGUUGGAAGCUCUAUGUUGGGAUCAUGAUCGAUUCGGCAAGGAUUACCUGGGCGAAUUUGAUACCGCAUUGGAGGACAUAUUCGCUGAUGGCCAGGUGGACCAACAGCCUAAAUGGUAUACUUUGAAUUCCAAGCGGAAGGCGUCUAAAAAGAAGGAUAGCACUGUGUCGGGCGAGAUUCUGCUGCAGUUCUCGCUCGCCGAUUCUGCGAACCCCGCUGCCACGCCGGCGGAAAUAUACUCCAAGUUCAAGAAAUUGGUAUACUCGGGUGAUGAGGAUGAUCAGAACUCUCAGAUCCCUCCCGCCGAUCUUGACGACUUGGACCGGGACGAGGAUAGCUCCGAUGAGCCUGAUGACGCGGCAGGUGGCCCAGAAGCUCGUGCAUACCAAUUCUCAGGCUCGGGCACUGGAGUGCAAGGUAUCGUUUUCAUGGAAAUUGUUCGCGUGACCGAUCUGCCUCCUGAACGAAAUGUAACGCGGACAUCGUUCGAUAUGGAUCCUUUUGUCGUGACCUCUCUAGGAAGGAAAACCUUAAGAACUCCUGUCAUCCGCCAUAACCUGAACCCAGAGUAUCAUGAGAAAAUGGUGUUCCAGGUGAUGCGGCACGAACAGUCUUAUACCAUCAGCUUCAGUGUGAUAGAUCGAGACAAGUUCUCCGGGAAUGACUUUGUCGCCUCUGCGGGUUUUUCUCUGCGGAAUCUCAUCCAGUCCGGCCCAGAAGCAGACCCCGAGACAGGAUUAUAUCACUUUGUAGAGGACCUGGAGGAACCUGAUCACACUACAGGUACCAAGAUAGCUCAGCGACCUGGAGUUAGACCCUCGCAUUCUUCGUCAAGUCUCUCCAAACUGGCUCGGCCUAUAAUAAAGACGCGCCACUCCGCCACAUCAGUCUCAAGCCAAUCAAUGCUCGAAGCGCCAACGCCCAGUCUCCUUACACCUUCUUCCCUCCCAGAAGAGGGAAUUUCAGAGAUGGAUAGUACUAAUUCAUUGGCCACCCUGAACAUGUAUGAUGGCGAGUCAGCCCCGAUUGACGAGAACGGCUUCAGAUCAUAUACUAUUCCCCUCAUGCUCAAGAAUAGAGAACGGUGGGAAGACAAACAUUCGCCAGAGCUGCAUGUCAAGACGAAGUAUCUACCAUACAGUGCUCUCCGGCAGCAUUUCUGGAGGUUGAUGCUCAAGCAAUAUGACGCCGACGAGAGUGGUCGCAUUGACAAGGUGGAGAUGACGACAAUGCUUGACACUCUCGGUUCGACGCUAAAGGAGUCGACAAUUGACAGUUUCUUCAAACGCUUCAGCGCGGACAAUAAGUCUAAUGAAAACGAUGAUUUGACAUUCGACCAGGCAGUUAUUUGUCUCGAGGACACGCUUCAAACCCUGCAGAAGAGAAAUUCAAUGGCUGCUCCCAGAGCGCUUUCGCUUCCUCUGUCAAACGCCGGAAGCCAAGAUAGUGAGCCAUCUAGCAGCGACGAGCACACUUUGGAAACCAACACCAUUGCUGCUCUUAAUGCCGAUCCGCACAACACAUCUAUUCCAACCCUGUCCAAUGAGGAACAAUCUAGUUCCGCUGAUGAGUACCUCCAGCCCGAUGAUCUCGCGGACGAUGGGGGCGAGGAGCACGUCGUCGAAAUUCGCGAGUGCCCACUCUGCCACCAGCCACGUCUUGGGAAACGCUCUGAUGCGGAUAUCAUCACGCACAUUGCCACGUGCGCAAGUCAAGAUUGGCGCCAGGUUGACAACUUAGUUAUGGGUGGCUUUGUGACUUCCAGCCAGGCACAGCGCAAGUGGUACUCCAAAGUCAUUACAAAGAUCUCAUACGGCGGGUACAAACUCGGAGCGAACUCGGCCAAUAUCCUUGUACAAGACCGAAUCACCGGUCAGAUAAACGAGGAACGCAUGAGUGUAUAUGUGCGACUCGGGAUCCGGCUGCUAUAUAAGGGCAUCAAAAGUCGUGAUAUGGAAAAGAAGCGAAUUCGCCGUGUAUUGCGCUCUUUGAGUGUCAAGCAGGGUCGCAAAUACGAUGACCCAGCCUCGGCAUCGCAGAUCAAGGACUUUAUCAACUUCCACCAGCUGGACAUGUCCGAAGUCCUGAUGCCCCUAGAGAACUUCCGCAAUUUCAAUGAAUUCUUCUACCGUGCCCUCAAGCCUGAUGCCCGUCCGUGCUCCGCUCCCGACGAACCUAAGAUCGUUGUGUCUCCCGCCGACUGUCGCUCGGUGGUAUUUGAUCGCUUGAGCGAUGCAACUAGCAUCUGGGUCAAGGGCCGUGAGUUCUCGAUUGAAAGGUUGUUAGGCAAUGCUUACCCGGACGAUGCUGCUCGAUACCGAAACGGUGCUGUCGGAGUGUUCCGUCUGGCACCUCAAGACUACCACCGCUUCCACAUCCCCGUAGAUGGAAUAAUGGGUGAACCCAAGACCAUCGAGGGCGAGUAUUAUACGGUGAAUCCCAUGGCGAUCCGAUCCGCCUUGGAUGUAUACGGCGAAAAUGUCCGCAUUCUCGUCCCUAUUGACUCUGUCGCGCAUGGCCGAGUAAUGGUUGUCUGCGUUGGUGCCAUGAUGGUCGGCAGUACGGUCAUCACCCGGACAGCCGGCGAGAAGGUUUCACGAGCUGAAGAGCUGGGCUACUUCAAAUUUGGUGGCAGCACCCUUCUAGUGCUCUUUGAAAAUGGCAAGGUCAAUUUCGACAAGGACCUAGCGGAAAACUCCAAGUGUGCACUGGAAACUUUGAUCCGAGUUGGCAUGUCGGUCGGACACAGCCCUGAUAUUCCUCAGUAUGAACCUGAUAUGCCCAAGCAGUCGGAGAACGUCACUGCCGAGGAGAUGCAAGAAGCCAAGCGCCGCAUCGAGGGCAGCCUUGCACCAAGCAAGCCCUCCACCCUACUCAAGUCAUUCCAAUGA